AUGGUCUCGCCGCGCCACCGCUGGCUGUUGCUGCUGCCUGACACCGGCUGCGCCACCGCCGCCCCGCACGGGGUGGUGCAGGCGCUGCAGGAGGAGCUGCGGCCGGCGCUGCGCGACGGGAUGCACGCCGCCCUGGCGCUGAACGCGUCGUGCGAGCGCCGCCCGCGCGGGCCGCGAGGGCCCAGGGCGAGGGCGCCGGACGGGGCGGGCUGCGCGGCGCGGGAGCUCCUGCGCGCGCUCGCCUUCGCCGUGGAGACGCGCGCGCGACGGGAGGCCAACCAGUCGUUGCAGGUGUCGCCGGACGAGUGGGCGGCGCUGCGGCCGUCGCGGCGCGAGCGCGUGGCCGCCUUGCGGCGCCUGGUGCGCGGGUGGCUGGUGCGGCACGGGCGCUGCGGCCGCGCCGAGCGCUGGGUGCUGCUGGGCGCGGAGACGUGGGGCGCGGGCGACGGCGCGGGCGAGGCCGAAGGCGGCGCGCGCCUGCUGCCCGUGGGCCACUGGACGCCCGCCGCCGGCGCCGCCUUCGAGGACGACCUCUUCCCGCACGAGGCGAGGGGCUUCCGCGGCAGGACGCUCAGCAUUCUCACCUUCCACGACCCGCCGUGGCAGAGCAUCUCCUACAACGAGAGCGACGGCAAACGUGACUUCCACGGCGUCGUAACCCACGUGCUCGACGCUCUCGCCAAGAACCUCAACUUCACUUACAUGCUGUACUUCCCGGGCGAGGGCGGGCGCAGCCUCAGCAACGACAGCUCGCAGCCCGUGGUGCCGCUGGACGACGAGUGGGAGGACCAGUCGCUCGCCAGGAUCCCCUGGAAGGCCAUCGUCAAGGAAGUCCGCACGCACAAGGUGUUCAUGGGCGCGGGGGCGUUCCCGGUGGUGCACCGCGCGGGCGUGGGCGGCGGCAGCGUGCGCUACACGCGGCCGCUGGGCUGCGCCGGCUACACGCUGCUCACCGCGCGCCCGCGCGAGCUGGGCCGCGCCGCGCUCUUCCUCUACCCCUUCACCGCAGACGAGUAA